UAAUAGUAUUGAUGGUAGGUUCGGAUUACUUUAAUGAUCCGGAUCAAUUGAUCUCGUUCACUGCCACGAGCCAAUCAGAAGACCAGGAUUGGAACUUCCCAAGGUCACGUGACGUGUUUAGUAUUAGGGUCAUGUAAAAAGCAUUGGUUAGAUAGGUGUUUGAUUACAAGUUUCCUUUCUGUACUUAUUCUGUGACCAGGAUUGGAACUUCCCAAGGUCACGUGACGUGUUUAAUAUUGGCGUCAUGUAUAAAGCAUUAGUUAGAUAGGCAUUUGAUAUUUGAUCACAAGUUUCCAUUCUGUACCUAUUCUGUGUCAGAAGUGUCAGACGUCAGACGGUCAGUGAACGAGUGAACGUGAAGAUUAUCUGUCAAGAGUCAAGGAAAGUUUAUUCUUUAUUUGGGUAAAAUCAUAUUCCAAAUCAAUUUUGAUAUCUUUGAUUGCCAUCAUGACUAUUAUCACUAAACCCAUCAGUGAGAAGAAAACUGAUAAGCUUGAUCAACCUUUGGUUGUCAGUAUCCACACGGAAUAUCCCUGCGGUAAUGGGGAUUACCCGUCGGCACCGGAGGCGAGCCCUGGCGCCGGCGGCGACGCGAACCUGUUUGUGGCGCGCACUUGCUACACGCGCACGCGCCGCGCAUCCUCGGCCACCACCGUCUGCCUCUUCCUCACCGCUCUCAUGGUCAUGAGCUUCGGCGUGCUCUCCGGCAUCUAUCUCUAUCGUCAGUUUGCACUCGCUCAGAUGCACAGAUAUAGAGGUCGUUGCCGCAUUCCAUUUGAGGAAGUCACGAACUCAGCAAUGUUCCAACAGGAGGAUACAAAAUCAUUGAAUACUUUAAAUAUGCUCCAGAAAAUGUCUGCAGCAUUCGCAAACCGUUUCGAGAGUCAGAACCAGAACCUUGAAGAUGGAAAAUAUUUUGAAGAGUCGUACAUCAUGGAUGAUAAUCAUGAGAAGUUGACUACAUCUUUCCAAGGUGGAAAGCAUAACAGUUUCAUCUACGACUUCAGUUCAAAUGAAACUGCUAUAAUUGAUCAGGACUCCAAACGCUGUUUCGUCAUGCCAUUGGAUCGCGCUCAUGUCCUUCCACCAAAGAAUCUCAACGAUCUCUUGAUUAAGAUGAGGACUGGGUACUAUGAGUUGGAUUUCUCAAUUUUGCGUCAGUCAAUGCGUGUGGUCACUCCCGCCAUCUCCAAUCGCAGCAGGCUUGGAAUGUAUAUCCAGCGCGAUUGCACCAUGUUCCCCAUAUUCAAACUGGAAAAGAUUGAAGAGUCGAAAGUUGAAAAGAGGAAUGCUGAAAUCGAAGACAACGUGUUCACAGUAUUCAAUGGGCAAACAACUCAAUUCCAUAUAGUCAACCUUCAUGAACUUGAUGAUUACGAACAAAAUGUGAAAGGAGCUCAGUCGUAAAUUGAUGAAUUGAUGUUGUAACAUUUAAAUUAUUCAAGGUCAUCAAAUAAUUCAUUGAUACAUUACAUUUUUGAUUCUACAGUAUUUAUAUAUCUAAGUAAAUGUUUACUGAUAGAAUUACAAAGAAUAUAAGAAUAUGAACAAAGUGAAGUUUUUGCAGAAACUUCUUUCACAAACUAGACUAGUUAGUGCCCCUAUAUUGUACGGUCUUGGAUAAUUCAACUUGUCUUUUUCAAAUAUUGAUGUGUAGUUUUAAAAUUAUUUAUUGGUGUCUAUUAUUCUUGGGAAUAUUGGAUCUCCUUGCACAUGUUUUCAAUAUUGACGUUCUAUUACUGCUACUAAUAAUGUUUACUUUCUUGUUCAGGGCUACUCCUAUUUACUUGGAAAUUAGUAAUCAAAGUAACUUUUUCAAAUUAUUUAUUGAAAAGGGUGCUUUCAUUUCCAAUUGUUAUGCUAUCAAUGAAUAUAAUAUUACUUUAUUACUAUCGAGAGUACAAUCCUGACAAAAAUAUUCCUUUUCUUUAGAAUAUUUACAAUUUGUGAAGCGAAAUAUUGCUACUAUCCCUCUUCUACAUUCCAGAUUACACUAUUUUCAACAUUGAUUCUACACAAUCUUGCAUGUUUCAUGAUAGAUCUAUGAUAUAAUAUUAUUCAAAUUAAUAUAUAUGAAAUAUUAUGAAUUUUGAAUAUGUAAAACUAUAAAUUGUUAGUAGAGUAGUGGAGUUAGUGUGAAACGUGUUUCCCAUCAUUCCCCUUUCAACUAGUUUUCAUUCCCACACUGAACAAAUUUAUUCACUUGUGUUAUUGAUUAUUGUAAAAGUAGAGUGUAUCAGGUAUUAAUAGAAAUGUUUGAGACAUAUCCCAUGCAAUAAUUCCAAUGCAAUAUUAUAUUAACUUGACUUCGAAAUAGAUGGUUAUUUGAUACUGACAUUGUUGAACUUUUAAGGUAAUAAAGGCUUUGUUCCAA